CGUCCACAGACUAGCAGAUCUCAAGGGCUACAAGGGAAGUUACAGGCCUGGCCCCACCGCUUCAGUUCCCAGGCUUCUGGCUCCAACCUCCAGCGAUGUUUCCUGUGGCUUCUGGCACUAGCGGCAGCAGCCAGGACCUGCUCCAGGCUGGCCUAGCGCCUCCAGGAAAUGCAAAAGAUAUCCUACUGCUACAUGAAGAAGAUGCUGAGGAAUGGGCUGUGUACUUGAGAGAAGUAUUUAUACACGUGGUAGAAAGAGAAGCAAUCCUGUUAUAUCCCUUGCGGAGUUUCUCUUCCUCACAUCUGGAACUGCUAAAUUUAGAUGACUACAGAUGUAAACUUCUGAUAUUAUCGGAUAGUCUCCUAAAAGACCUGACGCCGAUGAAGUGCCGGUUUCUGGAGAAGAUGCUUCACUCGCCAGGAAGUGUAGUGACUCUGCUUUGCGGGAUGGAGAGCUCGGGUCCUCUCUAUCAGUUAUUAAAUGUCCCUCGGAGCAGAUGGGAGAUCUCCACAGAGCAGGAUCCCGAGCACUACGUCUCUGUCGUCAGACGGAUUUUAGACAGAGAUCCUGAAGACUACCUUGAGGUCAGCAUUCCAACAGACCCAAGAGAAAAAUAUUCUGAGGAAACAAGUGGACAGAAGGAAAUUGAUGACCUGGAAGCUUUGAAACCGUCUACACCUCAGGCUCUAGUGCUUCCUGCAGAAAUUUCUUGUGAGAAUCCUGGAGAGGUAUUCAUUCUGUUGAAAGAUGAACUAAUGGGUGAAAUUCUGGAAGUUGAAUUUAUAUCACACAGCAAGCGCCUCAAAACACGGCCAGCACAUUGGAAUAAGGGUGUCUGGCAUAUGAAAGCUGCAGAUUUUCCAGCUGGUUCAGUCACUGUCAAUGUCUACUGUGAUGGAAUCAUCAAGGCCACAACAGAGAUUAAAUACUGCUCAGCAGCAAAAGCAACAGAAAGUCCAUUUAGAAUGUCAGACCCAGGCAACAGUUUGUGCCAGAAAAGCAUUGAGGAGCUGGAUGGUGUUCUUGCAUCUAUAUUCAAGCAUGAGAUACCGUAUUAUGAAUUCAAAUCUCUCCCAACUGAAACUUCCUCUCAAAAAGAAUAUACUCAUGCCAGAGAGCUCCCAACACUCCUCCACUGUGCUGCAAAGUUUGGCUUAAAGAAUCUGGCUCUUCAUCUGCUGCAGUGUCCAGGAGCAGAAUGGGCAGCGAGGAUGAAGAACACGGAUGGCUCAGAGCUGCUGGAUAUUGCUGAAAGGCAUGGUCAUGAAGAACUCAAGAAAAUCUUUGAAGACUUUGUGAGCCAAAACGUUAGCAGAAAUGAGCAAGAAAAUGAGUAUGAAGAGGAUGUUUUCUUGUUUCCUACAUCUUCACCCUCCCCGCCGUCUCCAGCAUUUCAUCAUGAGCUCAGGAACACACAUAGGCAGAGCACAGACAGAUCUGAGGAACCCCAGAUGGCUGGUGACACAAAGGAGGAAGAAGCAAGUGCUGAAGCAAGACCCGGCCUGCCAGAGGCCAACAAUGAAAGCUGGGAGAGCCAGUAUGAUGACCUGUAUGUGUUCAUUCCUGGAAUUGAUGCAGAAGGCAACACUCAAGAGCCACUCACACACUGCAGACCACCUCUGCCCCCACCACGGCCGGGGACGGCUGCGUCCCAACUAGAAAGACCUCACUUCACCUCACAAGGGAAAAUGAUGGAGAACCAAAUGGAAAGAAGUCAGAACAGGAAUAACCUCAGUGUGAAUCAAGAGACAAGAGAAGAACACAGCAAAGAAGAAAAGAAAGGAGACGAAGCGCAGGAGGAGGAGGAGGGGGAGGACCCAUACACAUUCGCUGAGACUAAUGACAAUGAGUAUGAUCUGAUACUGGCCAGUAAGAGUGUAAAGAAAAGAACUGGAAAUCGGUCUUUCAUUAUAAACAGACCUCCUGCCCCAGCACCCCGGCCUACUCACAUCCCUUUCAAAGAAGAAACAACACCUUAUAUAGCUCAAGUGUUCCAACAAAAGGCAGCCAGAAGACAAUCUGAUGGUGAUAAGUUCUACAGUCUCCCCAAGAAACCAGACAAAGCUCCGAUGGAGGACCCAACCUUCUGCAGUGCAAGGGGCUAUCUGACCACUGGGCAGGAAGAACUGAUCCUCCUUCAGGGGAAAGUCAAGAACGGGGAAAUGUCUGUGGAUGAAGCGCUAGAGAAAUUUAAGCAUUGGCAGAUGGGGAAGAGUGGUCUGGAAGUGAUUCAGCAGGAAAAGCUACGGCAACUACGAGACAACAUCAUUGGGAGAAGGCCAGAAGGUGAAAACGCCUACGAUAAACUCACCAUCGUGCACCAUCCAAGUGGUAAUUCUGCCCACAAUGAAAAUGUACUAUACAGUAGUCCCUUCAACAAUAAGCUUCCUGCUCGACCACAAGUUGAAAAAGAAUUCGGUUUCUGCUGCAAGAAAUAUCAUUAA